AUGGUCGAAAUAUCUCGACUCCCGCUGUCGAGUGCGCAGAUGGCGUCUCUGCGACGUGGAAAGAAGGUGCAUCGCGAAACUGAAGAUGCCACUAGACCCAUUGCUAACAAGGCUCACACUGUAGAGGAAAAACAGGCUAUUCUCGUUUUGCAUGCUAGUUUACGCGUGGAUAAUGCAAAUAUACCUCGAAAAGAGUCUAUUAUGAACAAAAUUGAUCGUUUAUUCGAUUACUCCAACAAGACAUGCGGUGAGAUUUGGUCCUCGUUUCUAUCACAGGGAACUGUGUUUACGGCAGCACAACGGACUAACCGAGGAGAGAGAAUUGCACGACUGCCGAAGUAG